AUGACGGAGCAAUCUUCUCAGCGCUGGAUAUGCGGCGGCUUCGCGGUGCUUGUUUGCUUUAUCAUGCUUCUCGGUUCUGCACACAAACUCCCUCAGAGAGGCGCAGUUGUGAUCAAUACAUGGCCGUUCGUAAAUGCCACGCGCGCUGGCUUCCAGGCCCUUCAGGGACGUGGUGGUAAUUCGUCUGCGCUCGACGCCAUCACAAGAGGCUGCAAUCGCUGCGAAAUCGACCAAUGCGACUUUACCGUAGGGUACGGAGGUAGUCCUGAUUCUAACGGAGAGACGACGUUGGAUGCCAUGAUUCUGGAUGGCACUACGAUGGAGAUGGGUGCUGUAGCUCAACUGCGACGCAUAAAACCCGCCAUCAAAGUUGCACGCGCCGUCAUGGAGCACUCUUCACAUAGUAUUCUGGCGGGAGAUGGAGCACUGGCAUUUGCAAAAAUGAUGGGCUUUGAAGAGACCACCCUGGACACACAAUAUUCCCAAGCAUUGCACCAGGAAUGGCUGAAGAAAAAGUGUCAGCCCAAUUACUUUCGCAACGUCCAAGAACAAAACACAUCGUGUCCACCGUACAGACCACUUUAUGUACAGGAUGGAGUGUAUGCCGGAUUCCAAGACCGAUCGUUGCUUCGUUACAGCAACCAGAAUCGUGUUGGUACCGAAAAUCUGAUAUCCACUACCAAUCACGACACUAUUGGAAUGGUAGUGCUGGCUGAAAAUGGACACAUGGCUGCGGGUACCAGCUCGAACGGGGCAAUACACAAAAUUGCAGGGCGUGUUGGUGAUGCGUCCGUGCCUGGUGCUGGAGCUUACGUCGACUCAACUAUCGGAGGUGCUGCCGCCACAGGAGAUGGGGAUGUGAUGAUGCGCUUCCUACCCUCAUUUUUUGCUGUUCAGGAGAUGAAAAAGGGCACACAUCCACUUGAGGCAUGUAGGCGUGCUCUUUACCAUAUUGCAGCAGUAUAUCCCAGCUUUCGAGGCGGCAUGGUGUGCUUGAAUCACUUUGGAGAAUAUGGAGGCGCUGGAUUCGGGUGGGAUUUUGCUUAUACUGUGCAAGCCAGCUGGAUGUCAGAGCCCCAUGUUGUUCACGUGACUCCGCUGUCUCCUCCUUCGUGA